AUGCCGGCUAAAGAGUUGACUCGUCCUUGUAUGGACUGCAAAGAUGCCGAAGCUAUUCUAACAACUCGAAAGAGAUCACUUUGCAGUCACUGUUUCAAACUGUUUAUUCAAUUCAAGAUUCUCCGACGCAUGGAUGGUCAUAAAGCGCCGCCCAAGAUUCAAAAGGAAUAUUUGCCAUCGAAGCUACUCCUGCCCUUGUCCCUUGGUGUCUCUUCCUCGGUCCUUUUGCAUAUCCUAGACUGGCAACUCGAGCGCCAACGUUCCAACCCACAUAGCCGAGUAGCCUACCAGCUUCAUGUUCUUGUGAUCGAGCCUUCAACUAUCUCACCAAGCAACUCUUCAUUCGACUCGAACUUUGAGGGACUCCAAAAAACAUUCCCGACGCACAUAUUCACUCGACUGCCGUUCUACAGCGUCUUCGAAUACGUCCCAGAAAUGAAGGAACUCAUACUUGAAUACGCGGGGCCACAAUUCGCCGAUGAUAGCUCUCAAUCAGAUGAGGCUCGCCUGGCUGCUUUCCGAGGCAGUGUCUCAUCGGCGACGUCCAAGGACGACCUGGACAACGUCCUGUUAACCAGACUGGUAGUCGCGUUCGCCAAGCAGGAUGCCUGCGAGACUAUUCUUUGGGGUGACUCGGACACGCGCCUUUCAGCUAAGACACUCGCGGGUGCUGCAAAGGGCCGCGGAGCGUCGCUCACAUGGCAGGUCUCCGAUGGCAUGUCCCCAUGGGGCGUGCAAUUUGAGUUCCCGCUCCGUGAUAUCAACAAGCCUGAACUUCAGCAAUACAAGAGUGUCUGCCCGGAGCUCUCUAAUAUUGUCAUUCCCGACCAACCAAUCCCAGACAAUAUUCUCACGAAGAACCUGUCCAUUGAUGAGCUGAUGAUGCGCUACGUGGAGACUCAGGGCGCGAAAUACCCCGGUGUCAUGGCGAACGUAUCGAGAACUGCAAACAAGCUUCAGGCUGCUGGAUCUGACGAUCCUGCCUCCUGCGCAUUGUGUGGAAGCCUUGUGGGCAAUGUCAAGGGAAAUACUGGAAUUACGGUUGCCAGUCAAUUUGGUGAGAGCCAAGGCUCUCAAUUCUGCUACGGUUGCUCGAGGUCUCGUCCUGAAAUCAAAUCCUAA